GGAAGUUAACUAAUAAGCAGCAGGUCAUUUGUCUACCGUCGAUCCUAUGCGUCAUAGUGAAAUUUCUAUGUCUAUCCCUUCCCUAAGUAAACCUUCCGAUGUCAGGUAGAAAGACAAUUUCCCGGAAUAUCAUUGCAUAGCAUUUGUGCGGUCUUUGGGAAUCGGAACUGCCUAGUGAGUGAACGAACGUUGUAGAGUGCACAGUGUAGAAAACUAAACAAAUAGAAAAAUGAAUCAAUUACCGAGUGUGUUAUGCAUCUUUCUGCUGGUUACCCUGCACACAUCUCGAGCUCUCCCGCUCAUGGAAUAUUUCCUCCCAGAAAGUCAACCCAGUGAUCCCGAACAAACCACAGCAGUAGCGCAGUAUCGACAAGAUGACAUCGAAGAUCUUCCGUUGAUCCGCUAUGAAACGGUUCUGCCAGUGCUGAAAGUAGUUCUUACUCCUAUAGGUCGACUAAUGCAACCGUUAAUAGAGCAGUGGAUAGCCGAUCGAUUCGGGCCGUACAUUGACACGAUCGGACGAACGGUAGAGGGCGUCUCCCGGUAUGCCACCGACAACCUAUCCUUCCAAUCGGGGGAUGUCUACUACACUAAGAGUGACCUCGUCGAGGGCUACGGUUACAAUUCGUUGCUCGUCAAUCUCCCCGGCGGUAAAACGAUGACCGUGCUGACCACUAAAUCGACACGCAAAUUAGACAUAAUCGAAGAACUUCCCCAGGUAUCGGAAUCGCUCAACGAGGUGCGGAAUAUAGAGUGAUCGUUUGGCAGUGACGACGUGGCGACAGUGCUGCCAGUGGAUUCGAUUAGGAUAAGUGUACCAGUUGUGGCCUUAGUGCUUCCAUUGUAAAUAAUUUAAACUUUGAAAGUUUCAUGUAUAGGAUAAUUUUGAGUGUUUUAAUAUCGAGAUAUGUUCAAUAUUUUGCUACUAAAGCAUUCGAUUAGGUUCAGCUAGGUACGCUUUCCCCGUGAGAUGAUCGAAUGUGAGCUUCAGAUGCUAAUUCCCCUUAAGCGUAGUUUUAGACUCGUAAUUGUAAACAUAUUUAUUUAUUUCUCGAGAUCUGAAAUUAUUGGAACAAAGAGAUGAGACUGACGUACCCCCAAGUGGUGGUACAUGCAAAUAAAUGCGUAACAUUUGUUACGCGGUACAAUACCUGAGCAGCUUGUUUUGUGGUAUGUGCAUUCGCAUAACUGAUGACAUUGGCGCUCAUUUCUGGUAGCUUUCGAACUCUAUUCGUAGGUAAUUAGUUUUGAAUGGUGGUUUCUGGGCCAUUCUGGUGUUUUUGUUUUUGGCGAUGGUGUUCAGGAAAUGUGAAAGCAGAGGCAAGGUCCAUGUCUAGUGGAAAUUUGCUGAUGAAUCAUCAAUGAGGGGUUGGGUCGUUAGACGCAAACUGAAACAAAGAAGUGGCGGCAUGUUACAACUCAGAAACCGGAUUCAAUUUAUUUCCGAUAUUUCUGGUUUCACUGUGACGUACGAAUGU